GGCAAGCGCUUUCAAAACAGAGGAACAUGGCGAACGCGUCUUUUAAAUGCAUCGAAUGUAACGAGGAAGCUUCUGAAUUAUACCGAGAUUACAGAAACGGCAUAGUGAAGAUAACAAUAUGUAGAUCCUGCGCAAAGCCCGUGGACAAGUACAUCGAAUACGAUCCUGUCAUUAUUCUCAUAGACGCCAUCUUGUGUAAAAUCCAGGCGUUCAGACACAUUCUGUUCAACACUCAGAUCAACCGAGCUGUUUUCUCUCCUCAGAUCCACUGGAAGCUGUGUGUUUUCUGCCUGUUGUGUGAGGCGUAUCUCAGAUGGUCGCGGCUCCAGAGUUCGGAGGUCACCAGUGAUCCCUCUGACAUCAUCAGAUACGCGAAAGAAUGGGAUUUUUACGGGAUGUUCGCUCUGGCUUCUCUGGAGCUGGGUGUGUACUGUGCAGGUGUGUUAGCGGCGUUAUGGUGCGUACAGAAGCUCUAUGGCGUCUCGGUAGAUACGUCCGAUCUGCUGAAGGCUCUGCUGCUCUCCUGCUACGGCAAAGUGCUGCUGAUUCCUGCAGUGAUCUGGGAGCACGAUUACUCUCCUCUCUGCUUCACCCUCAUCCGAGUGUUUGUGCUCACGUCCAACGCACAAGCCGUACGGGUGAUCCUGAACUGCCGCAGACGUGUGUCCGUGUUCGCCGUGGGCGUGGGCCUGCUCGUCGAGACGUGCGCGUCUCACGGUCUGCACAAACUGCAGACGAGCUCGCACGCGCUCCUGCCAGAGCUCUACACGUAAACGCGAAGACCUCGGAGCGGACCGAACCGACGCUUUCGGUCCAACCGGUCCCGGGGCUACUUCACUUCUCUCUGUCCACGCACGGGCUCGUCCAGGUGAUACGAUGCGAUACCUGUCGCUGACGUGAAAAGUUCACACCGCGAGGAAGGAAGAGAAGAUCUCCCAGGAUCCCCUGCGCGUUGUGUGUACACACAUUCCUGAGGUGGUUCGUCAGAUUCUUGCCAAUUAGCAUCAGCGAGCGAGAGACGAUAAAAACAAAUAGAGUGCAGAUGGUGUGUGUUAACACCACACACACACACACACACACGACUCAAUACACUCCUGGUGCUCUGUGAUUUCUGUGUAUUAAAUAAAAGCUAUAAAGAUAUGUUUAUAGAAACAUGAGUGUGUUGCACAGCUUUCUGGAAUGAUUCGUGAAGCUAGAGUAAACGUCGUGCUGGAUUAAAGCAGCAGGAACAACAAAAAAACACAGAAUUUAUAACAGAGAAAUGAAGUCGAUCGGACAGGACGUCCGUCUCUGUCGGAUUUCCCCCUCAAGCUACGAGGCUAAUGUAGCUAACGAGUGAUGAUAGUUGGUCUCGUUGACCUUUUAGCUAAAAACAAUGUAAAUGCUAAUAUGGUUCCGCUAAUACAGACCUCCCCUGGGAUUAAGGCUUCUCUUUCUAGCCAUCACAAUCCACCAGAACGGCUUCGCCACACCUCGCCGUCUCUGGAGCGACGGACACUAAACAAACAUCUUACGUCCUUACACCUCCUGACCAAUCAGAAUGAAGAAUACAACAGGGCAACAGGGCUGUGGUAUAAAUUGCUUUAAUAAUAAUAAUAAUAAUAAUAAUAAUAAACACAAGUUAAAAAAAAAACACAACUUUC